AUGAGGGGGAAAUUCAGCUGUGAUGAGAUUAAAGCUACUGGUACAUCAGGAAAGUUUCAAACAUCUAAACUGUACAACAGUACCCUUUGCCAACAACAGGUUGGCUAUCAUCAAGUUGUUUGGUGUAGGUUGUCUAUCCCUAAGCACAGAUUUCUGUUAUGGCAAGCUGUUAACUCUCAGCUGCUUACCCGUGACAAUAUGCUCAGGUUUUGUGUGCCAAUUGAAUCACUUAUGUGUCCUAUUUGUGGAAGCUUUGCUGAGAGUCACUCCCAUCUGUUCUUUGACUGCUAUCUCUCCAAACAGGUUAUGGAGCUUAUCUUUGAUUGGAUGGCUUUUAAAGCUUGGCCUACUGAGUUUGCUGGUUGGAAGGUUUGGCUUACUAGCAGAAAACCUGGUAUCUUAUUUUCUAUCACAAACAUGAUAUUGGCAGCUGCUGUCUAUGACAUAUGGAGGAACCGAAACAGAUGUAUUUUUGACAGAUUUUCUUAG